GAGGGAUGCGGGCGGCAGAGCGCGAGAGGCGGCUGCUAGGCUGCUGGGCGCUUUGACUCUCCCUCCACCCAGCCCCCUUGGGCUCCUCUCCUCUGCCCUCUGGACUCUGGUCUCCUCCUGUUGCCCCGGCUUGCCAGAGCCCUCUGCUUAUGGCAGCAGCUUACCGCGUCUCUGGUGCGGCUUUUCGGUGCACGACCCUCUCGCUCCCGGGGCUGAGCCGGGUCACUGGAUGUUGCUGAAACUCUGGAGAUCAUGCGCGGGUUUGGCUGCUGCUUCCCCGUCAGGUGCCACUGCCGCCGCCGCCGCCUCUGCUGCCGCUGUCCGCGGGAUGCUCAGUAGCCCGCUGCCUGACCCCCGCGAUCUUGUGUUCUUCGGGAGCCGUUUGCUGCUGCAGAGUUGCGCGAACUAGUCAUGGUGCUGUGGGAGUCCCCGCGGCAGUGCAGCAGCUGGACACUUUGCGAGGGCUUUUGCUGGCUGCUGCUACUGCCUGUAAUGCUACUUAUCGUAGCCCGCCCGGUGAAGCUCGCAGCUUUCCCUACCUCCUUAAGUGACUGCCAAACGCCCACCGGAUGGAACUGCUCUGGUUAUGAUGACAGAGAAAAUGAUCUCUUCCUCUGUGACACCAACACCUGUAAAUUUGAUGGGGAAUGUUUAAGAAUUGGAGACACUGUGACAUGCGUCUGUCAGUUCAAGUGCAACAGUGACUAUGUGCCUGUGUGUGGCUCCAAUGGGGAGAGCUACCAGAAUGAGUGUUACCUGCGGCAGGCUGCGUGCAAACAGCAGAGUGAGAUACUGGUGGUUUCUGAAGGAUCAUGUGCCACAGAUGCAGGAUCAGGAUCUGGAGAUGGAGUCCAUGAAGGCUCAGGAGAAACCAGUCAAAAGGAGACAUCCACCUGUGAUAUUUGCCAGUUUGGUGCAGAAUGUGAUGAAGAUGCUGAGGAUGUCUGGUGUGUGUGCAACAUUGACUGUUCUCAAACCAACUUCAAUCCCCUCUGUGCUUCUGAUGGGAAAUCUUAUGAUAAUGCAUGUCAAAUCAAAGAAGCAUCAUGUCAGAAACAGGAGAAAAUUGAAGUCAUGUCGUUGGGUCGAUGUCAAGAUAACACAACUACAGCUACUAAAUCUGAAGAUGGGCAUUAUGCAAGAACAGAUUAUACAGAGAAUGCUAACAAAUUAGAAGAAAGUGCCAGAGAACACCACAUACCUUGCCCAGAACAUUACAAUGGCUUCUGCAUGCACGGGAAGUGUGAACAUUCUAUCAAUAUGCAGGAGCCAUCUUGCAGGUGUGAUGCUGGUUAUACUGGACAACACUGUGAAAAAAAGGACUACAGUGUACUAUACGUUGUUCCCGGCCCUGUCCGAUUUCAGUACGUCUUAAUCGCAGCUGUGAUUGGAACGAUUCAGAUUGCCGUCAUCUGUGUGGUGGUCCUCUGCAUCACAAGGAAAUGCCCCAGAAGCAACAGAAUUCACAGACAGAAGCAAAAUACAGGGCACUACAGUUCAGACAACACAACAAGAGCGUCCACGAGGUUAAUCUAAAGGGAGCAUGUUGCACAGUGGCCGGACUACCGAGAGCUUGGACUACACAAUACAGUAUUAUAGACAAAAGAAUAAGAUGAGAUCUACACAUGUUGCCUUGCAUUUGUGGUAAUCUACACCAAUGAAAACAUGUACUACAGCUAUAUUUGAUUAUGUAUGGAUAUAUUUGAAAUAGUAUACAUUGUCUUGAUGUUUUUUCUGUAAUGUAAAUAAACUAUUUAUAUCACACAA